CCGAGAGCGCGCUGAGGUCCGGGCGCGUUGUAAAAUGACACGAGGAAGGGAUGACAGGUUGUAAACAUGGCGUCCGCCUUGGAUGAUGAUGAAAUUGACAAUGAUGAUUAUUACUCCUUGCUUAACGUCAGGAGAGAGGCAACACAAGAGGAGCUGAAGGCGGCAUACAGGCGGUUAUGCAUGCUGUACCACCCAGAUAAGCACCGGGACCCCGAGCUGAAGAGACAAGCAGAGCAGCUCUUUAAUCUUGUACAUCAAGCUUAUGAAGUCCUUAGUGACCCGCAGGCCAGAGCUAUCUAUGACAUCUAUGGCAAGCGAGGACUGGAUGUUGAAGGAUGGGAGGUGGUGGAAAGAAAAAGAACACCAGCAGAGAUUCGAGAGGAGUAUGAGCGUCUUCAGAAAGAGCGAGAGGAGAGAAGACUUCAGCAAAGGACCAACCCAAAGGGCACGAUUAGUGUGGGUAUUGAUGCCACAGACCUCUUUGACCGGUAUGAGGAGGACUAUGAGGAUAUGGUUGGAGGGGGUAUCCCACAUGUGGAGAUCAACAAGAUGCACAUAUCACAAUCCAUAGAGGCCCCUCUUACCACAACAGACACAGCCAUUCUGUCUGGCUCCCUGUCGACCCACAAUGGAAAUGGAGGCGGCAACAUUAACCUGGCCUUGAGAAGAGUCACCUCAGCUAAAGGCUGGGGAGAGCUAGAGUUCGGUGCUGGAGACACCCAUGGGCCUCUCUUUGGAAUGAAGAUAUUCCGAAACUUGACACCACGCUGCUUUGUGACUGCUCAGUGCGGGCUCCAGUUCUCAUCCCGGGGUGUGCGUCCUGGUGUUACCACUGUGUUGGCCCGUCAUCUAGACAAGAACACUAUGGGCUAUCUGCAGUGGCGCUGGGGAAUCCAAUCGUCUAUGAACACCAGCAUUGUCAGGGACACCAAGAGCAGCCAUUUCACCUUUGCAAUGCAGCUUGGAAUUCCUCACUCUUUUCUGAUGCUGAGUUACCAGUACAAGUUCCAGGAUGAAGAUCAGACAAAGAUCAAGGGCUCAGUAAAAUCAGGUUUCUUUGGGACUGUGGUGGAGUACGGCGCUGAGCGGAAGAUCAGUCGACACAGUGUCCUGGGGGCCACCGUCAGUGUGGGAGUGCCCCAAGGUGUCUCCCUCAAGAUCAAGUUAAACAGAGCCAGCCAGACGUAUUUCUUCCCUAUCCACCUGACCGACCAACUGCUGCCUAGUGCAGUAUUUUACGCCACAGUCGGACCACUGGUUUUCUACCUCGCCAUUCAGCGGCUUAUUAUCCGGCCCUACGUGCGUGCCCAGAAGGAACAAGACUUGGAGAAGCAGCGGGAGAGCUCAGCAUCUGAAAUUGCUAGGAAGAGACAGGAGGCGGAGUCUGCUGUCUUGCUCAUGCAGGAGUCUGUGCGCAGGAUCAUUGAAGCUGAGGAGUCUAGAAUGGGUCUCAUCAUCCUCAAUGCCUGGUAUGGCAAGUUUGUGACAGACAACAGCAAGAAGCAUGAGAGGGCAAAGGUCAUCGAUGUGACUGUGCCACUGCAGUGCCUGGUGAAAGACUCAAAGCUAAUCCUCACUGAGGCCACAAAGUCGGGACUCCCUGGCUUCUAUGACCCCUGCGUGGGGGAGGAGAAGAGCCUGAAGGUGCUGUAUCAGUUCCGGGGAGUCAUGCAUCAAGUCCUGUCAGGGGACAUGGAAGCACUCAGGAUACCAAAGCAAUCUCACAGGAUUGAUGCAGACACAUAGGAGUCCCUCUGCUGAGCAAACAGAGACACGUUGUUGAACUGAAAAAAAAAGGAUAAUCUCCUGUUUUAGAUAUGAGAUGGAUUUAAGUCUGUGUUCCUCAGAAGUCAUGCAUUUUCCUUUGUCUUUAUAUUGUUCGUUUAAAUAUGCAGAGCGGAGUCUAAGCAUCACAGACUGUGUUGAUUAUGAGUCAGUAUCCAUGAACAGGGUUGUGGCCUGCUUGAAAUUCAAAAGUGACACCAAAAUCAAUGGCUACUAUCUUAUUUCCUGGGUCUUUUAGCCUCUUUGGUACCCAUUUAUUUUUGGUAUGGCUUGAUCGAGUUACAUUGUACUGUACUGUACACAAAACUGCAGUGCCUAUGUGAUUAAAGACAUGAAUGCACCUCUGUAUAUUUGCCAUAUAAUUAAAAAUCAUUAUCUUCCAUAUUG